CGCAGAUAUUAGCUUGAAUCAGAGAGCCUCCUAUUGACGUCCAGCCAAAACCUGAGAACAUUUGGGCAGCUUGUUAAAUACGGAAGUGAGCGCUCCUGUUUUCAGAGCAGGGCUGUGGACCAAUUGCGCAUGCAUGUUUAUCAUAUCCCCUGGAUCCACACACCAGUGCGGACUGUGUUGGCAAUAUGGCACCAGCUGACCAAGACCGAGAUCCCAGAGCUGGCCAAGUGUUCGGUGCUGAUGAGGGAGCGCAGCAGAGUGGAGGAGACAAUUCACGCCAUGCAGCCUGUUAGCCAUGCCAGAUUUUCACCUAAUUACAUUCAUGAACACCAGAAGAGAUACUUAACGGUUAUCUCAGAUUUCGACAUGACACUGACCAGAUUCGCUCACAACGGGAAGAGAGUGCCCACCACGCACAACAUCCUGGAUAACCGGUUGUUGAUCAACGAAGACUGCACUAAAAAGAUGAGGGAGCUUUUGAACACCUACUAUCCAAUAGAAAUUGACCCGGGAAGGACCGCAGAAGAGAAGCUGCCUCUCAUGGUGGAGUGGUGGACUAAAGUCCAUGAGCUGCUAAUUCAGCAGAGGAUUAGGAAGGAUUUGCUUGCCCAGGCUGUCAAGGAAUCCAACGCUAUGCUUAGGGACGGCUACAAAGUGUUUUUCGACCGUCUGGCGGAGGAGCAGGUCCCUCUGUUGAUAUUCUCGGCCGGCGUUGGAGACGUCCUCGAGGAGGUGAUUCAGCAGAACCACGUCUUCCAUCCCAACGUCCAAAUCAUCUCCAACUACAUGGACUUCGAUCACACUGGGGUUCUGCAAGCCUUUAAAGGCCAACUGAUCCACACCUUCAACAAGAGAGAGGGUGCUCUGUCGCGUGCAGCCGGCCUCAGAGAGCUGCAGGGACGACCCAACGUGCUGCUGCUGGGAGACUCUUUAGGAGACCUGACCAUGGCUGACGGGGUCUCCGAGCACCAGAACGUCCUCACCAUCGGCUUCCUCAACGACCAGGUGGAGGAGAGAAAGGAUUCGUAUAUCAACUCCUUUGACAUCGUGCUGGUGAAGGACGAGACGCUGGACGUCCCCAACGCCAUCCUCAGACACAUUACCUCAUGUGGAGACGACAAGUAAAACGCACAAGGUGGAACGGGACACUAAUGGGCAAUGUACACACAAGAUGGACUUGUUCGCUCUAUUCACCGUGCUGCAUGCCGGACAAUCAUCACUUACCUCAAACCAGACCGUAAGGCUGGGCUUUUUUAAAACCGCUUUGUUUACCAGAGAGUAUUUUUGACCUUUUCAGUUUAUUUGAAACACAUUACACGUACAGGGCCACAUCACGUACAUUUGAAACUUAGUUUAGAAGAAUCCCAGGUUUAUGCAGCAAACGUCACAGUAGAAACUCUGUUCUAUUCAGGAAGACCAAUGCACCAUCUCAGCAAAUGUCUAGUCAAAACAAUUAAAGAGUCAUUUUUAGUA